UCUGCCAUCUGCUCCGGGAAGUGGCUUCCUCCCAAUAGAUGCUCCUUGGUUGCGGGGCACCGGCCAGUGACACCGGCGACCUUGGACGUGCCGUGUUGGUGAGAUCCCGGAGCCAGCCGCCUCCCUCCUCCCCUGUGAUCGCUGCCUGGCUGUUACCUGGCUCCAUAACAAGAUGCCAGGCUAUGAUUACAAGUUCCUGGAAAAGCUCAGGCGCAAGUUUCAGUGCCCACUGUGUGGCAAGGCGAUGAGGGAGCCCGUUCAAGUGUCCACCUGUGGGCAUCGCUUCUGUGACACCUGCCUGCAAGAGUUCCUCAGUGAAGGUGUUUUUAAAUGCCCAGAAGACCAGCUUCCACUAGACUACGCAAAGAUCUACCCAGAUCGAGAGCUGGAAACUCAAGUCCUCAGUCUGUCUAUACGAUGUAUACAUAGUGAAGAGGGUUGUCGCUGGAGUGGGCAGCUGAAGCAGCUCCAGACUCAUCUCAGUGUUUGUGCCUUUAAUGUGAUCCCUUGCCCCAACCGCUGCAGCACCAAACUGAUCCGCAAAGACUUGCCAGACCACAUGCAGCACGACUGUCCUAAGCGCAAAGUUCGAUGUGAAUUCUGUGGCAGUGAUUUCACAGGAGAGGCCUAUGAGGAACACCAAGGCUGCUGUCCUCAAGAGAGCGUUUAUUGUGAGAACAAGUGUGGCGCUCGUAUGAUGAGACGUGUCCUGUCCCAGCAUUCCCUGUCGGAGUGUCCCAAGCGUACUCAGCCAUGCCCUUACUGCAGCAAGGAGUUUGUAUUUGACACUAUUCAGAGUCACCAGUGCCAGUGUCCUCGGUACCCUGUCUCCUGUCCCAACCAGUGUGGCAUUGCAAAUGUUGCCAGAGAAGACCUGAGUGGGCAUCUAAAGGACAGUUGCAGUUCUGCAUUAGUGCUCUGCCCUUUCAAAGAUUCCGGAUGUAAACACAAGUGCCCCAAGCUUGGCAUGAGCAGGCACCUGGAAGAGAAUAUGAGGUCCCACCUCAGUAUGAUGUCUUCUCUGGUAAGCCGGCAAAGACAGGAGAUUCAAGACCUGAGGAAGCAGGUGGAAGAGUUAUCUGUGAGCAGUGAAGGGGUUCUUAUCUGGAAGAUCAGUGACUACUCUCGCAAACUGCAGGAAGCCAAAGUCAGAGGCAACUUUGAGUCAUUUAGUCCACCCUUCUACACGCACAGAUAUGGCUACAAGCUCCAGGUUUCUGCAUUCUUGAACGGGAAUGGCAGUGGCGAAGGCAGCUACCUUUCAGUGUACAUUAGGGUCCUUCCUGGAGAGUAUGACAGCCUACUAGAAUGGCCUUUCUCCUAUCGUGUUACUUUUUCCCUUCUUGACCAGAGCGAUCCAUCGCUAUCCAAACCCCAACACAUCACUGAAACUUUCAACCCUGACCCCAACUGGAAGAACUUCCAGAAACCAAGUGGCUCCCGAAAUUCCUUGGAUGAAAGUACACUUGGUUUUGGAUACCCUAAAUUUAUCUCACAUGAGGACAUACGGAAACGUAACUAUGUACGCGACAACGCUGUAUUCCUUAGAGCAUCUGUAGAUAUCCCUCAAAAGAUAAUUGCAUAAUCACAGAGCUUGGACUUGUAAAGAGGAAUCGUAGACUCUUGUUAGAAAUUAGUAGUGUUUUGGUUCAUUUUUUACUGUUCAU